AUGAGAUCCGUCAGGGAGGCAAGAAGGCAAAGGCGGAGGAAGAGGGUAGAGAGACGGAUGAGGUACUUGUCCCUCAUGCUACCGAUGGCAUGUCACCCUUGUACCUUUCAUGUCUCCUCGGUCUCGAUGGCGCUGGUGCUAUUGCUUGCGCAGCUAGGGACGUACCUUAUUACUGAGAUGGCGCUGAUGCGUCCUGCCCUGCCCUGUUCACUACCUGCCUGA